AUGAAUGGUAACGGAAAUUUACCAAACUCCCUUCCAACUCUUGACGGCAAGAAUUGGCUUCGAUGGAGAAAACACAUGCAAUCUCUAUUUGGAUUUCAUGAAACCCUAGAAGUGGUUAUUAAUGGUGUUCAUGUGGUUGGUGAAGAUGCAACUGACGCACAGAGAACCGCUCACAAGGAUGCCAAGAAGAAGGAUUAUUACAAGGCGGCAUUUUACAUCCAAUCGGCGGUUGAUGCAGCUAAUUUCAACAGAAUCGCUCAUGCUGAAUCGGUGAGGAGGCAUGGGAUAUUCUUGUCAAGUUAUGUGUCGAAGGUGCAGAAACUUUUACAUAUCAGUAAGGGUUGUGAUGAAACCUUAACUGAUAAGAUGGUAGUUGAGAAGGUAAUGCGUACGUUGACCUAUCAAUUUGAUCAUGUUAUCGUAGCUAUUCAAGAAUCCAAUAAUCUUGAAACUCUAAAACUGGAAGAUUUGGUUGGUUCGUUGGAGGCGCAUGAGAUUAAGAUUGUCGAAAGGAAAGGAGUCCAAGACUCGAUACAAGCACUACAAGCUCAUUCAUGGAAGAAGAAUGGUGGUUCCAACAAGUUCAAAGGAAAAAUUGAUAAGACUCAGGGCAAGAAGUCUUGGUCGAAUCCUCACAAGAAUAAGGUCGAUGAUAGAGCUUCUGAAUCCUCGAAAAGAGGAGAAGGAAAUUCCUAUCAGAAAGACAAAGAAGAGAAAAAAGGUGUGCAGAAAUACAAAGGAUCGACAAAAGGAAAGGAUGAAGGAGCGAACCUUGCACGUCAAGAUUUAGAUGAUUAUGAUAAUAUGGUGGUUAUGGCUGCAGUUGCAGAUGAACAUGUCAAAUUCGAGAUACGGUUCCUCCACUCAGAUACUUGCAACAUAGUUAUUCAAAGGAGUAAUGGAGUGAAAGCCUUGAUCAAAGAUGUUCUUUAUGUCUCUGGAAUGAAGUGCACUCUGCUAAGUGUUGGACAACUGGUCAAAAAUGGGUUCUCAGUUGUUAUGAAAGAUGCAGCCUUAGAAAAUUUUGACAUCCAGAAUAACUUGGUCUUGAAAUCUCCUUUGUCUAAGAAUAGAAUAUUUAAGACCAUGAUCAGUUCGAUUGAGGAACAUACCAUUGGUGGAAACAAGUAUUAUGUUUCGUUUGUCGAUGAGUUUAGUCGAAAGUUGUGGAUCUAUGUGAUCAAGAGAAAGGAAAAAGUAUUUGAAAUCUUUAAGAGAUUCAAGAUGCUUGUCAAAAAUCAGAGGGAAAAGAAGAUCAAGGUGUUGCAAACAGAUGUAGGUGGCAAAUACACAUCCAAUAUAUUCGAAGCAUUCUGUGCAGAACAUGGAGUUGGUCAUGAGAUAAUUACUCCUUAUACUCCUCAUCAUAAUGGAAUAGCAGAAAGAAGAAACAAAACUAUAUUGGACAUGGUGAGAUGCAUGCUAAAGCAGAAGAAUUUUCCAAAAUCCUUAUGGGGUGAAGCUGUUUAG